AUGUCUAAUGCCAAUAUCAUCGGUCUCGCAGUAGGGCUCGCUUCGUUGACAUCGCUAGUCGCUGCUGCCUCCAUAUGGUGUGUUGCCCGUCGCUGGAAACUCAAGCGGGCGUUGCGCCACUCGAAGGAACCGAAUCAGGAGCCACACAUGGGGAACAACGUACCAGUCACGUCACAGGUUUAUCCGUCAUCCUGCCCAAUGUGGGCGACGGAAGACGUCCUCAUAAUCGGCACACCUAGACACUCCAUAGAGCAAUCGGUAUCCCAACAGACCGACAAUACACGUGCUCCGCGUCUCAAUGUCAGGUUCGAUAUACACCCGCGAUCGUCGGACCCAUUCUUAGACCCUGCCUCAUCCCGUCGUUACACUGCCUCAUCAUCUUUAUCCCAUGUAACUCGCGCCGCAUCCUUCGAAAUCGACCCAUCGGCAACAUCGGUGAACGCUUUCGGGGACGAGCAGAUACAUGCUCCGCUCGAGUCACCACUUCUUAGCUCGCCCGCACAUCACCUCAGCCUCCGAGACAGCUCACUCGUCGCGCAGCAAGGGUCCUCCUCGUAUCGCUGGUCGGUAAUGCCGCCUCUGCCUUCGGCUGCCACAGUCCGCAUACCAGCGAUCCAUAAACUUCCUGAUCAGCCGGGGCAACACACCGAUUCUGGUCUCCGAUUUCAAUACGAGUCUGCGGCUGCCGGUAUAUCCACAGACACCCUGGAUCGCCCACCAGCAUACACAGAGGACUGA